UUUCAGCUCCGAUCUGCUCAUUGACUACUCCUUGAGAAGAAGAAGAAUCCAAAGUUUCUACCACCUUCGAGCUUCAAAAAUCCUACAAUCAGAUCCUUUGUUUCUCGUCUUGGUAAUGGAGAUGAAUGGAGAUGAUUCUAGCUUCGAGCAGUGUUACCGUUGUUACCCAGUCACAUUCAUUGACAAGGCACAUCUUGAGAACGGUGACAAAAUUAUAAUGCCUCCUUCUGCUCUCAAUCGUCUUGCUUCUUUGCAUAUCGAAUACCCAAUGCUGUUUCAGCUGAGUAAUGAAUCUGUUGAGAAGACUACACAUUGCGGUGUACUUGAGUUCACCGCAGACGAAGGCCUAGUUUACUUGCCGUAUUGGAUGAUGCAAAACAUGUCUCUUCAAGAAGGAGAUAUUGUGAAAAUCAAGAAUACAAGCUUGGUGAGAGGGACUUUCAUCAAGCUGCAACCCCACACACAGAAUUUCUUGGACAUUACCAACCCAAAAGCCAUCUUGGAGACGGCACUUAGGAGCUACUCUUGCUUAACCACAGGGGAUACAAUUAUGGUUCCUUAUAACAACAAGAAAUAUUUUAUCGAUGUGAUUGAGGCAAAACCUUCUUCAGCUGUGAGUAUUAUAGAAACAGACUGUGAGGUUGAGUUUGCUCCUCCUCUUGAUUACAAAGAACCUGAGAAGCCACAGAUAUUGACUCCCUCGAACAAGCGAUCUCGCAAAGUUGCAGUCGAGGAAGAGGAACCAACAAGCAAAGUUCCCAAGUUCACACCUUUUACUGGAUCCGGAAAACGUUUGGAUGGAAAAACACAAACAAAAUCAACUGAGCAAGAAGAUACAAAACAACAACAAGAAAAGCCAACUGAAAAUGGGAAAGAAGAUGAGAAGUUGACAAGCACCACGCCACGGCAAAAAUCAGGAAAGCUUGUCUUUGGCUCAAACAGCAAAACAACUGCGAAAGAAACUGUAAAGGUUGAUUCAAAGAACAUCGAGCAAGAGUCUUCGACAAAAUCCGAUGAAGCUAAGUUUAAAGUGUUCACGGGGAAGAAAUACUCACUCAAGGGUUAAGAAAAAAAACAGGGUUUAAUCAUAAGUUGAAGAAAUUUUAUUUGUUUUAAGCAUUCAUUCAUAUAUUAUCUCACCAAUUUCUUGGAAGAGCUUGGAUGGACAGGAUCACACAAGAUGUGUCUGAAAGUUCUGGCUUCUCAAGAAGCAUCAUUUUAGGUUGUUUAUAUGUUCCUGUCGGUUACAAUUUGAGACCAAAAAUGAACAAAACUCAGAUACUUCGAACAGGGAAUUUUUUAGGGGGUUUUCAAUUAAUAUUAUCGAGAUCAUUACAAU